CUCUCGAUUAAAGCAAAACAGAGGAAUAGGGGAGGAAAAAAUAUUUCGAUAGGUCUGCGGUCUGCCUGCGGCUGCGGCGCCCCUUGAUUCAUCCCCGGCUCGCCUUCGCCGGCGGUGUCGGAACAGCCAGCUCGCGCUCGCCGGAGGUGUCAGGGAACAGCUAGGCCGCGCUCGGUUUCCCUUUCUCUUCGCAGGAUUGGAGCCGCUGGGUCCUGAACUGCGCGGCCUGUUUCAGCGUGAAUAGCAAUCACCAUGGGGUCUGGAUCACUAACAAUGAAGCAGAAGAAACGAGUGAAACAUGCAAAGAAUAAGUACUUGAAACCUGGUGCCUUGGCUCAGAUUCGUUAUAGUAGGAGUACGAGCAGGGACAUCGGGAAGAAAAGAAUUCUGUUGAAUGCGAAAGAUGAGCUGGAGUUGCCUCCACAACCUGAGGUUCUCUUAGAAAGCAGUACAACAAUUUUGUCCCCUGCAAGACUCAAUUUUAAGCCAUUUGGUAGCAAUAAGGGGCAGAUAUUGCCAAAGACUCCAAAGACUCCUGAUGCAUCUGCGUUUGAUGGUGAUUCAAAUCUUGAAUCACUUCCACUUGAUUUGCUGGUAAAGAUCAUGUGUUGCUUACACCACGACGAACUUAAGGUGGUUUUUCAUGUUUCAAAAAGGAUUCGAAAAGCAGUUGAACUUGCUAGACAGUACCAUUUCAACUAUACCACUCCAGAUCGGAGCAGACAGGAGUUGCUCCUGAACAGAACCCCUCUUCCAACAGAGCAUUGGCCCUUCUUAAGAAUUGAUGGCAAGGACGUCCGCGUUUCCACCCCAAGGACACCAAGGGCUCCGAAACAUGCCUCUCGCCUUUCACGCCUCAAGCUGGUUGACGUGAAGCCAAUCACAGCUGUCCUUUUCCAGGAGUCUCCUACCCUUUUCCCUUCGAAGCGUCUCCGAUGCUCGAUGCCACCACCAAGGCUGGCAAGACCUGCGUGUAAAGCUGCACCUUCGCCUAGAGUUUUGCGGUACGAGGAGGAGCUUUGCGAGGCGGUGGCGCAGAAUAAGCUUCUCUGAAGAUGCAAGAAGUGCAUGGCUUUCGUCUUUAGUGUAUAGCUUAUCUGUGUCAAGCCCCUAGUUUGAAUUUUGCCUAAGCUGCCGUCUUAGAUUAUUGUCGUCAGGUUAGUUUUUAGACUAGUGCCAGACUGUCUUAUACCUGUAAUAAGUAUGGAGCCUAGCUGCUUUAUUCCAUGAGUUUGUAUAUAUCACAUAAUAAAAUGGACCCCUUUUUAAUGC